AUGGACAGCUCCAAAGAAAGCGCUGCAGGGCGCAUCUUCAGCGAAAGACUGGCAGAUAAGAUCCCUGCGCCUAUCCCAGAGACACCGACGGCUCCAAAUCACUUGAGUGUCGAUACCGAGGCUGCCAUUCGCACUUCCUCCAACCCGUCACCGGCACUUGCGCGCUCAAACGGUCAGACAACAGACGAAGCCGUCUAUUCGCAUCCCUUUGCGUUACGAACUUUACCCGCAUGGAUUCGGUCAGCUCAAAAAACCGAGGAGGAUGAGGAUGAAGCUACCGUCACCGAUCGUUUACUUCCCUCCCAGCCCCACGACGCAUUCGUAGCCCAGCACAAUCACUCUCCAUAUGCGUCAUCAUCCAAGCACCAGCCUACUGAAUCCAUUACCAAUGGCUUGUUCGAGGAUGACACCCCUUAUGAAAAUCGGGAAUCGCGUUGGGUGACAUUCUCGCGCACAAUCCAAUACCCGAGGGAACCCGGCAGAGAGCAAGAGCAGGUCACGUCAGAAUGGAUGAAUCAAAACCACGGUGACUAUCUGCAACCAUGGCGAGGCAAGCAUUUGGAAGGCGAUAGUCCGGAGUAUCCACUGCAUAGUGGAGGCCGAAGGGAGAUAUGGAUCAAGCGCUUCAAAAAGACACUCCUGCGGAGUCCAUUGGUGCCAUUGAUUCUCCGAAUGACGGUUUGGUGCUUUUCACUCUCUGCUCUUGCUCUUGGUGGCUCGAUUCAGCACAUGGCCAACGAAGGCCAUCACCCCCAGGGCCCAUCGGCGUUGAUGGCAAUCAUCGUUGACGCUGUCGCGCUGAUUUACCUGCUAUACAUCACUUUUGACGAAUACACGUCAAAACCCCUCGGUCUGCGCUCCCCUUCAGCCAAAGCGCGCCUUCUUCUUCUUGAUAUUUUCUUCAUCGUCUUUGAUUCUGCCAAUCUUAGCUUGGCAUUUGCUUCGCUAUCCGAAGUGACCGGAUCUUGCACCGAGGCAGAGGUCAACCAGGUAGUGGAUCCCCGAAAUGACCAUAUCUGCGUGCGACAAAAGGCCCUCGCAUCUGUGCUACUGGUUGCACUUCUGGCCUGGCUUAUGACUUUCUCGAUAAGUGUCCUCCGCCUCGUCGAGAGAGUGACACAGUGA